AUGACCUUCCCUCCCCCUCCCCCUUCCUCCCAAUCAUCGAUUGCUUCUGGCACCGAUAAGUCGUCGUCGACCCGGUCUGCACGGUCACAGCAGUCGGCCUGGGGUCUGCCCGCGUCUCAGUCGAAUAUCCGCCGUGGGUUGCCUCCACUUGCGACCAACAACCUCUCCUCCUCUUCGAUCCCCUCUGCCACCACCCGGGCGCCACCUCUGUCGAGUAGCCCUGGCCCAGGUGCUGCAAUCUCUUCUCCCCUGACCUCGUCCUUCUCCGCCGUUCUGAGUUCCGCAAGGGGCCUUCCCGGUACCAGGAACGGACCCUCACCGGCCUCUACACCGUCACCUUUUGCCUCCUUCCAAUCUGGCUCGCAACCGCACCAGCAACCCACACAGUCUCUCACAUCCCCCAAGGUCAGAGCCCAUACCCCGUCUUCAGGGUCACAUCUGGCUUCCGCAGCGAAUUCCGUCGCGGGCGGUGGAGGCACCGGGGGAGGAGGAGGUGGGACGGGAUCUUCCAGAGGCGUCGCCUUCUCUCCGUCGUUAGCCGGUACAACCGUGAAUUCACCUACGGGAUUCCCUCCUGAGAAACCGGGCUCGGCAGCUGCUGCUCACUCAAGCCAGUCGUCUUUGACGAAAAUAUCUAUUGCUCAGGUUUUCCUCCUUCUGGACUCCAUCACGGAAAAGGAGGGCAGAGAAAAGUGGGAAACAAAAGCUGCCCAAAUUCACAAACUCGUUGAAUCCAACGGAAUGGAGGUUUUUUCUAAAUACUUUCGCCGCCUUCUCACAGGCAACGCCCCUCAAAUCUUCCCUGGGGUUAACAAGUCUGUCGAGAAUGCGGGAAACUACCCUCUUCUAGUACAAGAAAUGCACAAAGUAUUUCAAGAUAUGGACCAGUCCCAGAAGAUCGCGGAGACCGUUGAUACGUCCGAAGGCGAUAUCUUCCGCGACUUUGAUCUCUCCACCUUUUUGGAUCACUUUAAACUUGAUCCUCUUGCAAAGGUUGCGCUUGCGUUGGCAUUUAAGAUGGCCAAUAAAUCGGAUUUGCGUGCUAAAGCCGAUGCGAUCCUCUCGAACAACAUAACACCCUUUUUACAAAGCCUUGCAUCGCCAUCCGAAAUAAAUAAAGACUUCCUGAACUCAUUCAUCGGGAUGACUAUCGAACGGUUCAUUUUGUAUCCGCCUCGCAACUUCACCGACGACGUCAAGGCUAAGCUUGUAUACGCAGCCAAUUUGCGAUAUCAAAAACUGGGGGUGGACAUGCCUUUUGAGAUCUCUUCUGCUUUGCAAAUGUUCAACUUCAUCAGCCCACGAUACAUCCUAGUCCGUCAUCUUCACGCCAAGGGUCCAAAAUCGACUUCGAAUGCGGAUGCUGUUGCUGAGGUGAUCAACGGAGCCGGAUCUGACUGCUGGGGCGAGGAGCACGUUGCCAGUGCGCUUCUUUAUAUGGUUCUGUCGCAAUACUGGCGGCAGUUCCAGCUGGACACGUUCCUCGGCACCGUUCUGUCUCAUUACGGAGAUAAACGUAUCAAUUGGCCCAUCGUCUUGCAACAUUUCGACCGCGAAGGUUUACGGGUAGACCCCAGGCAGUUCGCUAAAUUGUAUGCUGUUCUGUCGAUAGCGGCUGCAGAAGAUUCGAACUUGGAUGUUCAGAAGCUUUGGGGUGGAGACUGGGAGCACCGCGAUACACAGUUGUCUUUCUUGACAGCUUUUAUUGCCUCCCGAACCGAUGCGUCGCAAAUCCCUUCUCUUCGGGCUGCUUUCCCGGAUGACUUCUUUAGCGAUGGUCCGGAAAUGGUUCGCCUUCAAGGGGAGCGUGCAGCAAAGUCCCCUCUUCGGUCCCUAGAUGCCAUGAGUGCCAUCUUCGACUUGGCGUUAUACUCCCAAGCAGCGUGGGCGGCCACCGAGAGUCAGCUCCUUAUCAAAGCCGUUGUUCAAUACGACCUCCCAGUAUUUUUGUGCUCCGCAUUAGCCCUUCCCCAACCUUGGACGGCCGUUCAACAAAGCUUCGUACUACGCACCCUCAUCGUCUUCAUCUUGAAGCAGGAAGAAGGAUAUCAGCUCGCACUCCAUGGAGCUUGGCGUCAGGAUCGCCAAUGGGUAGCAGAGCAACUUUUUACCACUUUCACCCAAGACCCUACUUCAACAGCUGCCAUUUAUGAGCAUGCGAUCGAGUACAACUGGCUGGACUUCCUCCUUGGGUAUACCAACGGCCUUGCCAUGGACCUCGCCUGUUAUGCGCAUCGCAAGGGGCCCUUCGAUUUGGAACAAUGGGUUCGAAAUGCCGCUCAAAAGGGACCAAUGGAUAUGGGAAGCUUGUUGUCAAAAUUCUUAAGGAUUAAGGCAGAAGACGAACUUCAUGUCCAAAGGAAAGAACAGCCCCUCCCCCAAAUGGUCAGCCUCUCCGUGAAGACAGUGUACACCUUGCUGUCAGUUCUGGAGGAAUAUGUUGGCGAUCGUGAAAACCUCACCCCCGUGCAGCGAAUCUGCAUUCAAACUUACCCCAGACUCAUCAAUUAUGGCGAGGGUUUUGAUGAUUUGAUUGACGCGAACGGAGAAAGUGGAAAUUCGUUACCCGAAGCCGUUGACAAACAAAUGCAGGAGCUAUUUGGCAAGAUGUACCACGAGGAAUUGUCCCUGAGAGAAAUGUUGGAAUUGAUGAGACGGUACAAAUCAUCCCGGGAGCCACAAGAGCAAGACUUAUUUGCAUGCAUGGUUCACGGCCUCAUCGAUGAAUACCAUUGCUACCACGAAUAUCCCCUGGAAGCUUUGACCAAAACAGCCGUCAUGUUUGGUGGUAUAAUUAACUUCCGACUCGUGGAUGGCAUCACACUUAAGGUUGGCCUGGGCAUGAUUCUGGAGGCAGUGCGGGAGCACCACUUUGAAGACCCAAUGUAUAAGUUUGGUGUUGAGGCAAUUGAACAAUUGAUCAAUCGUCUUCCCGAGUGGGCGGGCUUCUGCCAUCUCCUUCUGCAAAUCUCAAGUUUACAGGGAACCCCGAUCUACCAAAAGGCUGAAGAGGUUCUACGCGAGCAAGGAGCUCAAGGUGAAACCGCCGACAUCACCGGUAUUUCGCUUACCAACGGUAAUGUGGAUGACUCGACAGCAUUGGAUGGAUCUCCCCGCAAGUUCCGUUCCAUCCAUGUUGACUCUCCCCUGCGGCCCGCAAUCUAUCAUGACCCAGAUGAAGAAAUACAAGACAAGAUCCUCUUUGUCCUGAACAACGUUUCGGAGCAAAACAUUGAUGAGAAGCUACAGGAUCUAACCGAUGUUCUCCGGGAUCAACAUCAUCAGUGGUUCGCUUCUUAUUUGGUGGAGGAACGGGCCAAGCUACAGCCCAACUUCCAGCAACUUUACCUUGACCUUCUAGAACGCCUCAAUGACAACAUCCUCUGGGCGGAAGUUCUCAGGGAAACUUAUGUUAGCGUCACGAAGCUACUGAACUCCGAAGCGACCCUGAAUUCAUCAACUGACCGUGGUCAUCUCAAAAACCUGGGUUCAUGGCUUGGUUCGUUAACCAUUGCCAAGGAUAAGCCUGUUAAACACAAGAACGUCUAUUUCAAAGGGCUCUUGAUGGAAGGCUUCGACAGUCAACGCCUUACAAUUGUGAUCCCCUUCACUUGCAAGGUUCUUGUCCAGGCUACGAAAUCUACCGUUUUCAACCCCCCGAACCCCUGGUUGAUGGACAUUCUAUCCUUGCUGCUAGAACUCUACCACUUUGCCGAAUUGAAAUUGAAUCUCAAGUUUGAGAUUGAAGUGUUAUGCAAGGAUCUAGAACUUGACCACAAGACAAUUGAGCCAUCCGUCAUUAUUCGUGAUCGUUCAGCCCAUGUUGAAGACGUGCUGUCGUCAGCGAACAUCCCCGAUGGCCUUGAAGCGUUCGAAGAUAUGGCUCUCACCAGCAUCAAUCAAGGAAUACGCAACGAAAGAUUGUCCCCUGCUGCCAUCAUGUCAACCCUCCCAAGCUUGGACAAGAUUCUUGUCUUGCCAUCAUCGGCAAGCAGUAUGGUGGACUUGAACAUGCUCAGACAGAUUGUUCACAGUGCUGUGGAGCGCGCUAUUGCAGAAAUCAUCACACCUGUCGUGGAAAGAUCCGUUACAAUCGCUUCCAUUUCAACCGUUCAAUUGGUGUCAAAGGACUUCGCAAUGGAGCCCGAUGAGGAGAAGGUCCGACAUGCGGCAGGAAUCAUGGUGAGGCAGCUCGCAGGUAGCCUAGCUCUGGUAACCUGUAAAGAGCCCCUGAAGGUUAGCAUGACGAAUUAUAUUCGGAUGAUUCAGCAGGAGUACUUUGAUCAACCUAUGCCUGAGGGCUUGAUCUUGAUGUGCGUCAAUGACAACCUCGAUGCCGCUUGUGGAAUCGUUGAGAAGGCAGCGGAAGAAAAGUCUCUUCCCGAGAUUGAAAAGGUCAUUGAGCCACAAUUAGAAGCACGCCGGCGUCAUCGGGCUGCUCGCCCCAACGAACCAUUCAUUGACCCGUCCAUGAACCGGUGGGGCCUGUUUAUCCCUGAGCCGUAUCGACAAGCCCCAGGUGGCCUGAACAAAGAGCAGUUGGCAAUCUAUGAGGAGUUUGCUCGCCAAUCUCGAGGCCCCGGAGCAACGCAUGUCCAGAAUGUCUCCACAGACUCCGGUCGACAACUUCCUGACGUUCUCCAAGAAGCAUACCCCGCAAUUCCGAACCUUUCUACUCCCGCUGAACAGCCUGCUGUUCCUCAUAGGACUCCCCAGGCACAGCCAGAUGCCCGGCUGCAGCAGACUGGUCUUGUCAGUGCUCAGCCUCAACUAAAUGGAUUCCUUGAGGCCCAAAGUCCACGGGAGAAGGUUGAAACUCUCGUUUCUGAGCUUCAGCAGACAGCCCGAGGUGCUUCCGAGGAGCACGUUAAGGAUCUCGGCAGAGAUAGUGCCGUUCUGCAAGAAUACAACCAGGCAUUGCGCACUAUCCUUGCUUCGCCAAAUGGGGAGGAAUUGGCAAGGCUGACAUCUCUUAAGAUUUGCACGAGCCUCUAUUCUCAAACCCAGGGAACACUUGAGAUUGAAGUGCUCGUACACCUACUUGCCAAACUAUGCGACAUGUCUACCCUCGUUGCCCGAUACACAUGGGCUAUCCUCUCGGAGGUUGAUGAUGAGCACAUGUUCAAUGUACCAGUUACGGUUGCACUGAUUGAUGCCGGUCUUCUUGACAUUCGUCGUGUCGAUAUGAUCUUGACAAGACUUAUUCUCCAGAAGAACACUGGGGCCCUGGAGCUCCUCGCCAGUUUGAUGGACCGGGUUCUGUUCAGCGACGAACCUUCAGCCUUGAGAUCUGAUUUCUCGGGCAGUCUGGAGGCUAUGAGCCAAUGGCUUGUGGAAGAUGCCGGUAUCUCUCCGGCCAACGAAAUUAUUCGCAAGCUACGCGAGUCCGGAAUUCCCGAAGUCAUCAACCCCCUGCUCAGUGACAAGGCGAGAUCCAAACGAGACCAGAUGGAAUACAUCUUUAGCGAAUGGAUUGGAAUUUACAAGGCUCCUGGUGCCACCGACCGCACCUAUUAUUCCUUCCUCAAGGACAUGCAUCAAAGACAAGUCAUGAACAACCAAGAAGAUUCCGCCCUGUUCUUCCGACUCAGCAUCGACAUCUCUGUUGCCAUGUUUGAGCAUGAAUCGCAGAACCCUGGUGGCAGCCUUGAUGAAGCUUUCCUAUAUAUCGAUGCCCUUGCGAAGCUUGUCAUUUUGCUGGUCAAAUUCCAAGGCGAAAGCACGGGAGCCGUGAAGGCCAGCAAGUCGGCUUACCUGAAUUCGAUUUUGUCACUCCUUGUGUUGGUCUUGAAUCAUCACCAUGUCAUGAGAGGAGAAGCCUUCAACCAGCGUGUCUUCUUCAGGAUGUUUUCUAGCAUCCUUUGCGAGUACCCCAUGAACGAACUCCAGCACAGCGACCAGCACCAGAGCAUGAUGUUCGCCUUUGCCAACAAGUUCUUGUCUCUCCAGCCGAAAUACUGCCCUGCGUUUGUUUACGGGUGGCUUUCCCUGGUUUCUCAUAGAUUUUUCAUGUCCGGCAUGUUGAACAUGCCCGAACGAGCUGGCUGGGGACCUUACUGCGAGAUCAUGCAGGCUCUGCUCUCAUACAUUGGUGAGCAACUUAAGCCUGCUAACAUCUCUUACGUGGCCAAAGACCUGUACAAGGGUGUACUUCGUAUCUUGUUGAUACUUCACCACGACUUCCCAGAAUUCGUUGCGGAAAAUCACUUUCAAUUCUGCAAUGUUAUUCCCGCACACUGCGCCCAACUUCGCAACCUUGUGUUGAGUGCCUACCCAUCAUCCUUCCACAAGCUCCCUGAUCCUUUCAGAGAAGGCCUGAAGGUUGAACGUCUCGAAGAGAUGCGGGAAGCCCCCAAGAUCGCUGGUGACAUUGCUGCUCCUUUGCAGCGGGCAAGCAUCAAGGCUGUCGUCGACAGCUCGUUGCAGAACAGCAACGCUUCGGAAACAUCCGUCCAGCAGAUCUGUGAAGCCGUGUACAACUCUGCUGGCAAAGAGACGGGUCUCUUUUACGCCCCAAUCAAUGUGAACGUUGUCUUGCUGAACGCCCUGGUACUCUACGUGGGCCAGGGUGCGGUUUCGGCCAGUGCCUCUAAGGGUAACACUCGCGCUGCCUUUGACAACUCGCCCCAUUCAGCGCUUCUAGAGAGACUCGCCAAGGCACUGCGGCCCGAGGCUCGUUAUUAUCUGCUGAGUGCGAUGGCCAACCAGCUUCGCUACCCCAACAGCCACACCUACUUCUUCAGCUUCGCCACCCUUCGUCUGUUUGGCGUGGACUACUCGGAGCAGGAUGAGUCUGAUAUCAGACAGCAGAUCAUCAGAGUGCUUCUCGAGCGACUUAUCGUCCACCGUCCGCAUCCGUGGGGUCUGAUCAUCACCCUGCAGGAGUUGCUUCAGAACCGGAGCUACACUUUCUUCCGCCUCCCUUUUAUCCAGGCUGCGCCUGAGGUAAGCUCUCCUCUAUCCUCAUGA